GUUUGUGUGUCUCAGUGUGAGCGUGUGUGUGUGUGAGUGCGGAGCUCCCCCUCUUAAAGCAGCUUGUGGAAGCAGUGGAGUCAAUGAACCAGAGCGUGUCAUCAGGCAGCGCAGGCAGGGUUUCGCUGCCAGAUCCGCUCCGCUAGCGGUGCUCGGCAGAGUUUAGCCCGAGUGCGCUGCGAGUCGGCAUGGGACAGGAGAGCGGGACGUACACUUUGCAAUGAGUUGCCCGCUGUUGGGCUGCGGGCUGAGCCGCGUUGUGGAUGGAGCAGUGACUGGACCGGUGUGAGUUCUCCCGGCCGGAGGAGCGAUGGAGUGCCCCGCCACCCGCGCCAACGCCAGCUCGCUGUGUAACGGGAGCCAGCAGGUGGUGUUGGGGGAGCGCCUCCUCUCCCUGCCCUACUCGGCCCGCACCACUGCGGGCAUCGCCACCGCCAUCAGCUUCAUCAUCGGCGUCACCAUCAUUGGCAACGUCCUGGUCAUCAUCGCCGUGCUGACCAGCAGGUCGCUACAAGCCCCUCAAAACCUCUUCCUGGUGUCCCUCGCCGCCGCCGACAUCUUGGUGGCCACCUUGGUGAUGCCAUUCUCCUUGGCCAAUGAACUGAUGGGCUACUGGUACUUCAAGAAGGUUUGGUGCGAGGUCUACCUGGCGCUGGAUGUCCUGUUUUGCACGUCUUCCAUAGUCCAUCUCUGCGCCAUAAGCCUGGAUAGGUACUGGUCUGUGACCCAGGCCAUUCAAUACAACUCCAAGAGGACGCCCAAGAGAAUCCGCUGCGUGAUCCUCACCGUGUGGCUCAUAGCGGCCGUCAUCUCCUUCCCCCCUCUCAUCUCCAUGGACAAAAACCUGGGCCGAGAGGAGACCCCCGUGUGCCGGCUGAACGAGGAGCGCUGGUACAUCCUGUCCUCCAGCAUCGGCUCCUUCUUCGCCCCGUGUGUCAUCAUGGUCCUGGUCUACAUCAGGAUCUACCAGGUGGCCAAGACCAGGACCAGGCGGUCGCCGGGCGGCCGAGAAGCGGAGCUGGCCAACGCCGCCGCCGCCGCCUCCAACAAGCGUCGGUCCACCGAGCCGACCGAGCCGUCCCGCGGAGACAAGGUUCAGGAGAUCGGAGGCGAGGGGAAGGAGGGAGCUGGAGAUUCUUCGUCCUCGGAACAGGAGGAUUGUUCCAAUCAAGGGAAGUCUCAGACAAGGACUGAAGCUGUGGGGUCCCACAAGCAGGCGGCUUGCACUUGCCAAAGCCAAGCCGAGCACUUAGCCAAGCGGCAAGCUCCACUGACGCCCAACGCCAUCAGGAAGAAAGCCAUCCAGAACCGCGAGAAGAGAUUCACCUUCGUUUUGUCCGUGGUCAUUGGCGUGUUCGUUCUCUGCUGGUUCCCGUUUUUUUUCUCCUACAGCCUGACCGCUAUCUGCCCGGCCACUUGUUCCAUCCCCCCCGCCAUCUUCAAGUUCUUCUUCUGGAUCGGCUACUGCAACAGUUCCCUCAACCCAGUCAUCUACACCAUCUUCAACCAGGACUUCAGGAGAGCCUUCAGGAGGAUCCUCUGCCGGGAAACCAAGGGCUCUCUGUACCGCGUGUAGGCGGCAGCUUGC